GUCCAAAGUAUACGGCACUCCAAGAACAGUCGGAGCUACGUGGGAAGGGAGCUGGCCCAACUUUUUGAAGUUUGUUGGAGAAGGAUGGGUAUGUGACUUAUAGGCGCGCGCGCGCGCGCGCGCGUGUGUGUGUGUGUGUGUGUGUGUGACUAUAUGCAGAGACAGGAGCUGCGUGUGUUCUAGGAAUUGGAGCUUGUGAAAAAUAUCCCACCCCUGAAUACAUAAAAAGUCUUGUUACCAAAGUGCACGAAUUUUCGAAUCUUACUCGGGAAAACAGUUAAUGGCUGAGAAGCUUCAUAUCGAAGAUGCCCCACCCUCACAGUGCUCCCAGACAUGCCACCCUCGGACUCAAAGACUGCACACAGACUCCUACUCACCACAUCGGCCUUGGACCCAGACAGACCACAUCUCCACUCAACGCAAUCAUUCUCCAAGAAGCGUCCAGCGUUGAGGUCGGCUUCCUUCGGAAGCCCGGAGGACCCUCGGCCUCCGGAGUGGACGAGGGUCUGCUCCACAUUCCCAUCAAGGGCCCGCCCAGGCGGGUGGGCUUUCCCAGCAGCGCCCCCAGGAGCGAGGCUUUGAGGGCCGGAAUGGGAGGGAUGCCCCGAGCCGGCGUCUUGCAGACCCCGGCGAGGAUACACCUCCCUGGCUGCCGCUUUAACACGGGGCCGGCGGCUGCAGCCAAGCCCACCCAGCCUGGCCUCUUAGGCCGCAGCCGGGUGUCUCGCCUGGCCUCUGCCUCCGGCCGCGCCCUCCCGGCCGCUUGCACCGCCGGCCGCUCUCGCUGCAGCCCUGGCGGUCCCGGGGCCCACCCCACGCGGUCCCGCUGCAGCAGCCACAACCCGCGCGUCUUCCGGCGGGUUGUGAGCCCCGGCCGCCGGCUCCGCCCACAGGGGGCUGCCACGGAGCCCGCCCUCUCCCGGGAAGCAGCGCGCGCCCUCGAACCCGGAAGCUGGAAGCCGCCCGAGCGCGCCCCCGAGGGCCGUCCGGAACCGUGGGUAGCGGCCACCCAGCUACGCCGCCCCACGUUUCCUCACAGCGGUCCUUGGGAGACCUCCUUCAGCCUUUCCGGUGAAGCGCCUUCCCUGUCAUUCAUUCAUUCACUCAUUCAUUCAUUCACUCAUUCAUUCAGUUAUCUAUUCUGAGUGUGUAAGAUGUACCCCCACAUUCUUAUUGGCCCUGCGUAUACAGCAGUUAACAAAACGCAGUUCCUGCUUUCUUGGAACUUAAUUACAUCGAAAUUAAUUGACAAUACCAAAUAGAAAAAUAAAUAGAUAAUACCCCAGGCGAUGGUGAGGACCAUGAAGAAAAGGAAAGCAGGGUGGGGAGAUGAUGGGCUAGGAUAUUUGUAUCAACCCACUGUAGAAAACAACAAUAAAAUUUAAAAAUAAAAUUCUGGAA